AUGAGCCUGACGAGCAAACGCACCCGUCGCGCCUCGUCGCGAUCCUCUGAUGACGGUGAAGACGAUGCAGAAGAACAAGGAAGCUCAAGACCUCAAUCACCGGUGACCAAAGCCAGUCGUGCUUCUGAUGCCGCACCGUGAGUCGUUCAACCUCGCUCAUCGCGCUGCGAUUCGCUUUCAAUUGCUCACAAAGUCCGAUCACUUUACGAACAGGACUUACACCUGCACCCUCCCACCGACCUGCCACGAUGAUGCCCAAUCCUUCUCGACCUUAGCAACACUAACAGCGCACCACGAAGCGUACCAUUCGUUCGUCUGCCACGCCCGUCCCUCAUCCUUUGACUUUGCGAGACCCAAACCACCUCACAAGCGGGAGUACGAACAACAAGAAGAAUGUUCGAGGGUCUUCCCGAGUCAGCGAAUGUUGGAUUUGCAUCUCUCGGAAUGUCAUGACGAGUUGAGGAGGGCAAAGGAGGACAGAGGGGAGAAAACGGUCAGUUUCGCUCGCACAGAGCUAGGUCACGUGCUCUCGCUUGCCGAAGCUGACUUGUCCAUCUUCGCCCUUCUUCCACGAAACAUGACUGUCAUCUAGUUCGCCUGUCUUCAUCCACCUUGCGGGAUGCACUUCGCGACCCCGAAAACCCGUCGACGACAUUUGAUCGACAAGCAUGGCUACCCGAAGGAAUAUUUUUUCGGCGUCACGAUCUGGGGAGUGCAAGAGGUGCUUAGGAAAGGUGGGGGGAUGAUUCGACGCAACUGGACGCCACGGUUAACUAAUUCGACCAGUCAUGUAGGGAAGGGGGAGGCUCAGAUCACUAGGAAGGAUGACGUAGACGAAGAUGAAGAGGAAGGGACCGAGAUGGCCGAGAUUGAGCGAAGUCAAUCGCCGGAAGAACGGCGACCAGCGAACCAAUUGAAACAUCCUACGCCAAGGGUGGAUGUAGGGGACGGGAUGGAAGAUCUGAGUCGACAGUUGCAAGGGACGAGUAUCACGCUGGUGCCGAGGUCGGUCCACAAGGCUGCGCAGAAGAAGUUGGCCGGGUCGUCAGCGCCCAUGGCGGUCGAGCGAUGA